AUGGCGAGCGGCAACCAUAUGCACAAUUUCACCACCCUCAUCAAGCGGCUCGAGGCGGCGACCUCACGCUUGGAGGACAUGGCCAUGUCUUUGGAUGAUCCCAACGACCCAAAGAGUGCCGGAACCCCUACUGCUGCUGCGCCUGUAGUUCCUGAGCCCCCGAAGCCUGCUCCUCCGCCGCCGGCCGCCCCGGCAGCCGCCCCGAUUCCGCCCCAGAUCCAAGACUUCGACGCAUUAAUCAAAGGAGAUGUACAGAACUUUGUGAACCUGGGUGACAAGAUUGGUGGAUUGGUUGCAGAGCAGUCCAAAGCAGUUCUGCAGGCCUUCCAGGCUGAGCGUAGCUAUCUCUAUGUCUCCACAAAGGCUAAGAAACCGGAGCCUCAGCCCGUGGAGCUUAUGACCGACCUGCACAAAGCUUCAGAUAACAUCAACAACAUUCGCGAAUCGAACCGCGCCUCCCCAUUGUUCAAUCACUUGAGCGCUGUUGCAGAGGGAAUUGUUUCUUUGGGCUGGUUCUUUGAGAGUAAACCCGCCGAGUUCGUGAAGGAGAUGAUGGGUGGUAUUGAGUACUAUGGUAAUAAGGUCUUGAAGGAGUACAAGGACAAGGACCGUACACACAUCGAGUACAUCCAAGCCUACUACCAGAACUUUAAGGGUCUCGCCGCCUAUCUCAACAAGCACUACCCUAAGGGCCUGACAUGGAACGACGAGUCUGGAAUCAAUGCGUUGGAGGCCUUGAAGCAAAUCAAGAGUGGACCAGCCCCCAGCGCUGUCCCAACCCUUAACGUCCCUGGCGGUGCCGGUGGUCCCCCACCUCCGCCUCCUCCCCCUGCUGCUCCCGCCCCAGACAUGUCCGCCGUGUUCGACCAGCUCAACCAGGGUGAAGAGAUCACCUCUGGCCUACGCAAGGUCGACAAGUCACAGAUGACCCACAAGAACCCCAACCUUCGUGCAGGCUCCAGCGCCGUUCGGGGCAAGUCCCCGGCGCCCAGCAAGAAGCCUAAGCCCGAAAGCAUGCGCACGAAGAAGCCCCCUCGCAAGGACCUUGAGGGUAACAAGUGGUUGGUUGAGAACUUCGAGGCCCCAGAAGAUAUUGUUGAGAUCUCCGCGGCCCAGAACCAGUCCAUCCUCAUCUCGCGCUGUAACAAGACCAUCGUCAAGGUUAAUGGCAAGGCCAAUGCUAUCGCUAUCGAUAAUUGCACUGGUCUGUCGAUCAUUGUUGAUUCUCUUGUCAGCUGCUUGGAUAUCAUCAAGUCGCCCAAAUUUGCUUUGCAGAUUGAUGGUUUCGUUCCUACUGUCAUGCUUGACCAGGUCGAUGGCGCUACUAUCUACCUUGGCCAGCAGAGUCUUGCUACGGAGGUCUUCACUAGCAAGUGCACUGCUGUUAACGUCACACUCCCGCCCAAGGAGGGAACUGAUGACGAUACCAAGGAGUGCCCCGUUCCUGAGCAGCUCAAGAGCUACAUCAAGGACGGUGUUUUGGUGACUGAGAUUGUCGAGCAUGCUGGUUAA